AUGCCCCCAAAAAAGACAAUGGAACAGCUUGUGAAGGAUGCCGAAGAGAUAUGCCGUAUUCAAACUCUCAUGUAUGAAGAGAGAAUGGCUCGAGAAGCUUUGAAAAACAUCUCAACUAGUUCGUCAGUCCCGGCACCCAAAAAAGUUCCGUCAACAUCUCAAAUUCCACCGGAAUCCAAAUCUCAAUCCAAACGUUGGGCAGCGAUGAUGAUCGACUUUCCAAAAGCUCAGCCACCGAAAAGCCAAGAAGACACCAAAUCUAAGCAAUCCUCAGCUGAUGGUGGACAUUAA